UAAACAGAACAGUCGCGCUUGGUGAGGUGGUAAGGAGCUAGUGCCAUUUUUUCUUUAGAUUAAACCAUUGCUCCGAUAAAUUAAUACGCCGAAAUUAUUUUUCUUGUAAGACAUAGUUGGUGCGAUGUGUGUACUAUAAACUGCGGUCAGCUAUUAGAGUGCAAACAAGAAUAAUGUUAGCGGUAGCUCGCGGUUAGCAUUAGCUUGUAAGCAGUGAUAAAGCCCCUGGGAGCGGAUCGUAGCUCGUCAACGACCAAACUACCAAACAAUUAACGGCAUCCCGAAGCGUCUGCUUAAAUCACAACGACAGCUGUUUAUUUUUUCUAAAAUGGAUGUCAGGAUUGCUUCGUUUUUCGGCAUAACGAGCUAGCUAGGCGAGGUUAGCUUUACUAAGGUAGCAGGCCAUUGAUCAACAAACUGCGAUAACGAGGUCUGCAGCCUGGACUGAUCACAGCACAAACAUAUCAACACCUCUGGAUCAAUAAGUGCCAUCAUAUGUUGACUGAAAGCAGGAAACGACAGCGCAGUGCUGGUGAUGAGGAGAGCGGCCACCUGGUGCCCCAAGCCAAGAGGCCAAGCGGCACGCAUCCUCUCUCUCCUGAACCAGGCAGGGAUGCCUGGGACUCUGAGUCGUCCAACAGUGAGAGCAGCAGCAGCCUCAGCAGCCCCGAGCAUGCAGCCGGGAGCUGCAGCAGCCAGUGCGCCGCGGGUCCCUGCAGCCCGCUCAGCUCCGGCUACUCCUCGGAGGCGGCUGGACCCACGGACCCCAUCACGUACCUGCACAUCAACCGCAUCCUGAAGGAGGCCCACUUCCAGAGCCUGCAGAGCCGAGCCCAGCUCAGAGACACAUGAUGCCGCGGCGUUCCCCCGCGUGCCGGCCCAGGAUCGAUGCCCCGAAGCAUGUCGGAGCAUCACGUGCUGAACCACUUCACCGGGCUCCUCCCUAAACCCAUCUCCAGUUUACUGAGGCAUCUCACAGGUCUGUGGGUGGAUACCAGCGUCUGGUCAGAUGUCUUUGUGAGAGGGGCUCAUCAUUCAAAUAGAUCAAAGUGAUAAUCAUUUUAGCAAUAAUAACUGUGUGACCAACUCCAAAAAUUUUUUUUUUUUUUUUGUUCAUGUCUAAUUUCUGACCAGUCUGGUUUACAUGCUGCUCCGAGAGCCUUGUCGUGACUAAUAAUAAUGAAUCCUCGUAUUUUUUUGUCUUAAAUGUUGGAAACAGUGAAGCUGCAAAAGUGGCACCAAAACAAAUUUAGGCCGGUCAGCGUGACCCGUUUAGUCUUCUAGUGGGGUACUUGGGCCGUGUGGUGUUGAAUCAGGUGUGUGUGUGCGUGCUUGGACCAGUCUCAGGGAAGGAUUUGCACUCGUCUCGAACUGCUUAUGUGCUUUCGACCUUCAGACAGGGAUCCUUUACAGGGGACUGCGAGACCUUUUGGCGAUAACCUGGCCAAUGAGGCUCAGUUCUACGUCCUGACUUAGCGAAUAGAAUAUUUCCAAAAACUGACAGUAGAGUUGAGCAAAGCGUAGUGUUUAGGAUUCAGGGUAUAGACAAAGGGAUUGGUUUUACAGUGGCUCAUGCAUUUAGAUUUCAUUACACAGGGAUUUUUUUUUUUUUUUAUUGUUUUAACAUAUUUGCCAACAUUUUUCUCAUCAGCACAUCCAGGGUCAUGUGCAGAGUGAAAACUUCAUAAACAUACUACUUCAGUCUUGUGGCUUUUCAGCAUUUUUGUUUCUUUUUUUUUGUUUGUUUUUAAGCAAAACUUCAUCGUAAGAUUGUCUCUUAUGCAUAUUUCCAAAAUUGGUGAGCUGAGACAUGAUCACUGUUUUCUCCUGACGUUUAGGUAACAACACACACUGUGACUUCAAAGAUAUCGUUAAUAAAAUCAAAUAGUUGAACGUUACAAGUUGAAAUAUCUGAUCAGAUUUUACCUUUAAAGUGAUGCAACUACACAGAAAAGAGCCUGUUUGUUACAUUCUUAAGGUUUGACCGUUAUCAGUCAGCUGCCAGCAUAAUCCAACAGUCCCAGACUGAGAUUAUGUUGUUUUACACAAUUAUACAUGUUGGACUGAAUUUCUAGCAGUGAUGUGAAUGCCAGAGGUCCUCAGAGAACAGAAUAUUUUUUCUGUGAUCAUGAAAAACUACAGUGAUCAUAGGCAUUAUUCACUCAUCAAGGAACAAUCUAAAUUUCAUAAUCCAUUCUUCAAUCAUCCACUUUUUUCAUCAAUGGGGGGGUGGGCGGGGUUAUAGGCUGCGGUGUCGGAGCAUAUGGGGUCUUCCUCUUGUCAGGCGGGUGGCAGCACAGCUUGUAUGAACAAUAGAGACUUUCCUCAGGCUCGACUCACAGUAUUCCUGAAACCUUCUAAAACGCCGUUUCACCUGCGGACGCGCCACCCAGCCGUUGCACCGCCACUGGAAAAGGUUGCUGUGUGAAUGUCCCUGCUCACUGAACACCCAGCGAGGCUUCCCGGGGUCCCGGUGCGAGGCGGCGCCUUCUCUUUGAUUGGUUCUGUUACUGACGCACUGACCCAGGAACAAGCUCGGCUGCUUGAUAUUUUUAUCCAGUGUGCCAGAAAUGGUAUUGAAGAUAUGGUUUUAUUUUUUUUAAUUAUAUUUUUUGUAAUUUAGUAUUGUACAUGAUAAUAACCAGCCAUUGCUUUUUUUUUUCUUGUGAAUAUUUCCUCAUUUCAAAAAUAAAAUUUAUU